GAGAAUGGUUCUGCGGCGGGCGUCACGUAGUCACAUGGCGCGUGGCGAGGCACGCCGCGACCGCCUUCCGCUUUUGGAAACCACGCCUCAUCCUUCCCACCGCGUCUCGAGUCUUCGACGCGCAAGGCCUCCUUCGUCCGCGUCCUCCACCGUCCACUCUCCCCGACUUUGACAAGCAUGCGUGUAGCAAGCCUUCUUACAUGCAUCGCCCUGCCUCUGUUGGCUGCCGCCCAGAAUAGCUCUGGAUCGCAACAACAGUCAUCACAGCAGCAGUCUUCAUCGCAGGGCUCCUCCCAAGCGUCAGGCUCGCAGGCGUCAGGCUCCUCGCAGCAGUCGUCCGUACAGCAAACCGUCAUCGUGACCACAGUUACCACCGUCGUUCCUUCCACAUCCUGGGCACCGGGCAACGUUGUCACCGGCGGCCAGACAAUCACCUCCUCGUUCCCUCACGUCACCAGUAUCACCACGACUGAGGUGAUAUCGUCGACAUCCAUCAUCGGAGGAGGGAACAACAAAAACGGGGGUUCGGCUUCCUCGACCCCGAAAGUUCCCGCGUCAACGGCGCCAUCCAGUAUCAACGGUGGAGGCACAGGUGCCCCCAACGGUGCGCCGAGUCCUGGCCAGUCAGGCUCACACGGCAAAUAUGGCCCGAACGAGACGUAUAUAGCAUCGGCGCUCGCUGUGUUGCCACCUCUGCCAGGACAUGCCCUUUUUACGGUGGUGACGGGGAUGGCGAUUGGAGCUGCGAUGGUCUUCGCAUGAAGCUGGGCGGACAUGACGUUGUUUGGAACACUGUUUUCUCUGGGACUGCAUUGCAUUUACGGACGCUUGGCUGGCGGCGAUGGACCGACUGUUAUAUAUUACAUGCGUAGCGUACUUUGCUAGGACAACACUGGGAUAAUACUCUUGCAUCAUCAGUUUCGCCUACCCAUACUUACGUCGAAUGAACACUCCCCGUAGCACCGUUUUGCGGUCACGAUCUAAUGACGCUCGUUGUUCUGUC